UCCAUAAUUUUACAAGCUGCACGCAUUCGCCCAUACAGCAGGUGUGCAGCAAGAUGGUGAGCCUCGUGAACGUGCUUGCCGUCGUUCUAUUAAUUCCACUUUCCUGGAGCUCGCUGCUGCCGGCCGGCGCCGCUGGGGCGCAGCUCUCGACGUGGAAGUGAGACAAUGGCACGUACUACGCCGCCAACACCACCUACCAGUCCAACGUCCGGAAACCUCCUCGCAUCCCUCGCCGCCAACGCCUCCAACUCGUCGUUCCCAGCUGUGGGCUUCGCCACUGCUGUCCUCGGCGCGAUCCCGGACAUGGUGUGGGGCCUCGGGAUCUGCCGCGGCGACACCUACGGCGCCGACUGCGGAUCCUGCCUCGCCCUUGCGCCGGAGGUCGCUUUUGGCCGCUGCCAGGGGGUCAAGGACGUGACCGUCUUCUACGACCGCUGCACCCUCCGCUACUCCUUCCGGGACUUCCUGACAAACCCGGACAACAGGCAGGUGCAGGACACGGGAAGCAGCAACACCAACGUCACCAGCAACACCGGUUGGUUCAACGCUCUUGUCGUGAGUCUCAUCGACCAGCUUUCCGAAUGGGCAGCGUUCAACACAACGUCGAGGUAUGCCGUCGGGGUCAUGAAUUCUGACCAGGGGUUCCCGGCGACGAACAAGGCCGUGGUGCACAGGAUUAUGGGGCUAGUGCAGUGCACGCCGGACCAGUCACCGGGGGCGUGCCGGCAGUGCCUCCAGGCGCUCAUCGACGAGAUGCCGACGGUGUUCAACGGCACCGUUGGAGGGCGGAUCUUCGCUGUGUGGUGCUACCUCAGGUUCGAAGUGCACAACUUCUACGACGGCAUCCCGAUGCUGAACCUCGCUGCAUCACCUCCUCCUCCUCCGGCGCCUACAGAACAUCAGAUAGCGAAUAGGACAAAGGGAGCAGGAAAUGAAGCAUCAGCAGCUGCCAUCGUCCUCGGCGUCAUCCUAGCUAUCGUCCUUUUAUCUGUGUUGAUCGUCUUCCUCCGAAGAAAAGCUCAAGUAAAGCAAUUUGCCGAAGAAGACGAAGAUUCCGGGUCACUUCUCUUUGACCUGACAACCUUGAGAAGGGCAACGGCAAAUUUUGCAGAAGAGAAUAAGCUUGGGCAUGGAGGUUUUGGUGCAGUGUACAAAGGGAUCUUGCCCGACGGGCGGCAGAUCGCCGUGAAGAGACAGGAUAAAGCUUCAUCCCAAGGCCUGAAGCAGCUGAAAAACGAGCUGCUGCUGGUCGCCAAGCUUCGGCACAUCAACCUCGUGAAGCUUUACGGCGUCUGCUUGAAGGAACAAGAGAAGCUGCUUGUCUAUGAGUACCUACCCAAUCGAAGCCUGGACACCUUCCUCUUCGCACCUGAGAAGCGUCCAUUGUUAGGAUGGGAGGCAAGGUACCGUAUAAUCUACGGAACAGCACGAGGUCUGUUGUACCUUCAUGAGGACUCGCAGGUCAAGGUUGUGCACCGUGAUCUCAAGGCCAGCAACAUCCUGCUGGACGCCGGCAUGAACCCAAAGAUCUCGGAUUUUGGGCUGGCAAGGCUCUUCAGCGACAACAAGACCAGUACCCUAACAAGCCAAGUCGUCGGGACAAUGGGAUACAUGGCACCAGAAUACGCAGUCAUGGGGCACCUUUCGGUCAAGCUAGAUGUGUACAGCUUUGGAGUCCUGGUCCUGGAGAUCGUUACCGGGAGGAGAAACACCGAUGCCUGCUUUGAAUCAUCGUCAGAGGUAGACUAUGGAUCGAACACGAUGCUGAGCUACGUAUGGGAUCACUGGUCCAAGGGAACGGCGCUGGAGACCAUGGAUCCGGCGCUGGACACCCCAGAGAGUGAGGUGGUCAAGUGCAUCCACCUGGGCCUACUCUGCGUGCAAGAGAACCCGGCGGACCGGCCGACCAUGCUGGACGUCCUCGUCAUGCUCCACAGCCAAGCCUCGAGCUUUGUCGCGCCGUCGAAGCCGUCGUUCGCCUUUGUGCGCGGCGAGACGUCGAGCUCUGGCGAAAGGCCUAAUGUAUCUGGAGGUUCAGGCAGCCAAGGUGCAGCAGCAGCUGCUGCCGUUUUCUCUGUGAACGAAAUGUCUGUAUCGGAGUUCCAGCCUAGAUAGUAGACAGGUAAAAGGACAGACGGACAGACAAGACCCUGGGGGAAAUUGUCCUUUUCGAUUUUUGGAAGCUUGAGGCUUGGGCGCUCGGUCAAAGCCGGGGCCUUUGGCCUUCGUGGAGAGCGAUGGAGUUACCACCCAGCAGACUUUCCAAAACUUGAGCUUUGUAUGCAGGUUCAGCAAGCCUGGACAGCAACCAAAUUUGGUGCUUUGUAGGUCGGUUGCUAACGAUGCAUAUUGCCUAUGCUAGCCAUUGGAAAUUAACUUGUUUAUUUCAAGCUGUCUCGCCCCUUUUUCUAAUCUUCAGAAUGAAAACGACUAGGAAGAACUGUGAUCUGUAUUGUAUUGUAUUGUAUUGUAUUGUAUUGUAUUGUAUUGUAUUGUAUUGUAUUGUAUUGUAUUGUAUUGUAUUGUAUUGUA